AUGAGAGGAUCGGAGCUGAUAAUGAAUCUGCAAAGGGACUUGUAUCUCGUCGUCUUUUGCAUUCUUCUGAUCUGCUUUCAAACAUAUGGGAGCGAAAGUCUUGGAAGAGGGUUUGGAGACCACAUUCACUGGAGAACACUGGAUGAUGGAAAAAAAGAAGCAGAAGCCAGUGGCUUACCAUUGAUGUUGAUUAUACACAAAAGCUGGUGUGGUGCAUGUAAAGCGCUGAAACCAAAGUUUGCUGAUUCUAAGGAAAUCUCAGAAAUGGCUCAUAACUUUGUUAUGGUGAAUAUAGAGGAUGAGGAGGAGCCAAAUGAUUCAGCCUUUAGCCCAGAUGGAGGCUACAUACCUAGGAUCUUAUUUUUGGAUCCCAGUGGUGAAGUUCAUCCAGAGAUCAUUAAUCAAAAUGGAAAUCCCAAAUACAAAUAUUUCUACAGUUCUGCUGACCAAGUGGUGUUUUCCAUGAAGGAAGCCCAAGAAAAGCUGACUGGUGAUAUAGCUACAAAACAUCGCUAUUCAGAUGAAUUUUAGGUUAACCAACCACUGGCGUCUUAUGUUUCUGACGAGAGUGCUUUAGAGCCUUGUCUGAAGUCAUUUAUUGAUUUUAUUCUUGUAUUAUUUCACUGUUAAAUUUUGUGUAUUAACUUUUUUUUAACUUCCUGAAUAAAUCCAAAAGUAUAACAUUGAAGACUCUCAUCUUUUGGGAAAUCACAUCUGCACUGUUGUGGGAUAGCUUACCAAUGUUAAAUAAAUUGCAUUAUUUCAACAGGCAUUAAUUUCUGCCUUCUGGUUCCUCUAUUGGGUAACUAAUUUUAGCCACUCAUCUACCUAUUUAUAUUUUUCACUUGUCUGCAAAUUGUCCCUCCAAUCAGUCAGGAAAUGGAUGCCUCCAUGUGGGUUGUAAUGUUAGGUGACAUUCUGAAUAAUUAUUUGUUCAGUGAAACAACCUUAGUCAUUGACAAACAAAUGAUUGGUGCUCAAAAAUUAUCAUCGUGCAGUACAAAAAAAUGAUCUGCUUGUUAGAAUAUUGUCAGUGUAUCAUGUAUUUGCCAUGGAUACUUGCUACCUUUUCCUCCGGGCUAAAAAUACCUGGACACAGGUUAUCAAUUACUUCUUCAAGCAACUUAUUUGGGGAAUUUUACUUGAAUAGCUUGAGAAAGGUCUGUCAACAUUUCUCUCCCACUUCCCGAUAGUGACGUUUGUUCAAACUCACCAUGUGAGAACUUGAACUUGCACGUCAGUUGAUACUUUAGAUGGUAACUCUGAAUCCUGCAUCUUAAUUGUUCAUUUGUAAAAUCAUGUGCAAAUGUGAUUUUCAGUUUAAGCAUCUGUUCUUGUAUAGCCACAAUGCUUGUAAUUACAUUAUUGUGUUUUUAAUUUUAAAGGCACUUAAUGUUCUGCUUUUUAAAAUCUUCCAUCUGCCUUUUUUUUUAAAAAGCAAUAAAGGAUUUGGCUGUAUGGGUAUGGGACCGUGGAAUUUAACAGCAUAGGGGAGUCCUUUGAUCUAACAUCCUUGUAGAGAAGACGCCUGAUGGCAAACAGACAUGGGAAGGGGAAGAAAUGACCAUUGGUGAAUUCUUGAUGUGUAUCAGCAGUGAAGGAAAGGAAGACAUGAGUCCCAUAGCACUGCUAGGAUCAUGCUCUCCAUUCUGAGCAGUGAAAAUUUCUAACUUUCCAAUCACUUUAACUAGAACAAUUCUUCUGCUAAAAUAGCAGAGGAAUUUCAGAUUUUAUUAACUUAGAGAAUUGUAGGGUUAUGUUUUUAAUAUUUUCCUCACUUAAUUCUUUACACCUCUGAAAUUUAAAAUUAUUGUAGAUUUAUAGAUAAGCAGGCCAUUUGACCCAUUGAGUCCACAUCACCCGUCUAUUAGAGCAUCCCACCUCAACCCUGCAUUUCCCAUGUCCAAUCCACCUAACCUGCACAUCUUUGGACUGAGAGGAAACCAGAGCACCCGGAGGGAAACCGUGUAGACGUGGGGAGAACGUGCAAACUCCACGUAGACAGUCGCCCAAGGCAGGAAUCAAACCCGGGUCCCCUAGUGCUGUUAAGCAGCGGUGCUAACCACUGAGCCAUGAUUUUUUUAUGGGUGUUGCUUUGCUUUAUUCUGGCAAUUAGAAGAAUUCCAAAUGUCAGUACCUGGAUUUGUCCAGUGGUAUGGGAAUUCUGAAUAGCUGGGAAUUUCUAUGAAAGUGACAAGCUUGGAUGCAUGACCGCCUUUAUGGAUUCCAACCAUAAAUAUUUGUGGUUAUUUACACACUACUUUUGCAUUUUACGUUGCUUUCCAUAGCUUCAGCUGUGAGAAAACGUUUUCUUAGACAUGCUAUUUCUUUAGGCAGAAUGAGCUUUGUCAUGUUUAAUGGACAUGCUUAAUAGCAGUUAUUUAUGAUGUAGAAAGUUUCCAAAUUUUUAAUGGAAUUUUAGCCUUUUGGAUUCUGUAAUGGGGUGGUCUUAUCCAACUAUACCCGUACCUGGUCUGUCAACAGUGGUACCAUAUUGUACUUGUAUCUGAUGAAUUUGGAGACGAGCUACUAUAAUGAAUUAUAAAAGUAGAAUUGAAGUCUAAUAAAGAAAUCAGUGUAAUUUCUGUACUUAUAAACUGUCUAAAAUUUGAUAUGCCUUCUGUAUUGUUUGAGACAAAUGAGAUCAGAUCAGAUCAGAUCAGACCAGACAAAUCAAAGCUCCCUUGUUGGCCUGUGUGAAGUAAUUCCUUUAGCCUUUACUUUAGUGGUACAUUGUAAUGCAGAAAAUUAAUUGGAAUUGAACUAAAUGUUUUCUGUACAUAUUUUUGAUACAGCUUCUGGAAUGGAAAAAAAUAUAAAAUUAAAAAAUUUCA